UUUAAAGGAUCCGUAGUGCCACCAUUACUGUACGGUUUACAUCUGUGGUCUGUUUAUAGCUUAAUGCAUCAGGAAUUCCAGGAAUGGACUGUUCCGGGAAUGGACCCUGGAGACUUUAAGAACUUGUUGCAGCAGAACCAUUGAUCAAACAAGAUGAGUUGCUUUUCCUAAAAUCGUUCAGUUGAAAUCUAGCAUGACCUCUUGACCUUAGUAAAUUUUCUUGAAGGAAUCGCAUAUCUAGUCGCAGUUAGCUCUCAGUGCAAUGGCUAUUCAGGGCAUGGAGCUGUUUGCAGUUGCUGUAGUGAUUCUUCUGUUUAUAAUGGUGCUCAAACAGUUUGGCAUCAUGGAGCCGCUGUCGCUGGACGAUGACAGCACUGACAGUGAUCUGGAGUUGGCCAUGGUGCGACAUCAGCCAGAGGGCUUGGAGCAGCUCCAGGCUCAGACCAAGUUCACUAGGAAGGAGCUGCAGUCGCUCUACAGAGGCUUCAAAAACGAGUGUCCCAGUGGAUUGGUGGAUGAGGAGACGUUUAAAUCAAUAUAUUCCCAGUUCCUCCCUCAAGGAGAUGCAACCACAUACGCACACUUCCUUUUCAAUGCUUUUGACAUGGACCGAAAUGGCUCUAUUCGUUUUGAGGACUUUGUAAUCGGCCUGUCUGUUCUGCUUCGAGGUUCUGUGACAGAGAAACUGAGGUGGGCCUUUAACCUGUAUGACAUUAAUAAAGAUGGCUACAUCACCAGAGAGGAAAUGCUGGCUAUCAUGAAGUCCAUCUAUGACAUGAUGGGCAGGUACACCUUUCCUUGUGUAAAAGAUGAUGCUGCAUUUGAACACGUGGAGCAAUUCUUCCAGAAAAUGGACCGAAACAGAGAUGGUGUUGUAACCAUUGAUGAGUUCAUAGAGACCUGUCAGAAGGACGAGAACAUUAUGAGCUCCAUGCAGCUGUUUGAGAAUGUCAUCUAGAGCGCUGCAUGAAGUGCAGAGUGAUCCUAGCUCUUUUUCCACAUCGACUCUCAGCAUCGUUCCAUUAGUCCUCAAGCACUCCACGGGGACUCUCUAGAAACACUUGUGUUUUGUACCUAGGCCUUGCACAUCAUCUGUAGCAUGUGAAUGAAUAUUAUGAUUGAUUGCAUUGAAUGCUUUAACAACAAGAUGUGGGCCGUCUGCGUGUGUCUCAAUUUAACCUUAAGCAUUCAAGACAGGUUGUAAAUGCUCAUUUGUAUAUAUGUAGAUACAUCUGUGCUCUUAAACUGGUUGAU